AUGGACGCCUCUUUACUUGAUUGGUUGGAAAGCUUGCAGCUUUCCUGCCCAAUCCUCUGCAUAGAAAGAGACUUCGCAUCGGGUUACCUGUUUGCGGAGAUCCUGUGGCGUCUAGCCGUUUUCAAGGACAUAAACACCUUCCAAAAAUCGUCCGGAGAGGCAUCACAAGUGCAAAAUUUUAUUGCCCUCAAACGAGAGCUAGGAAAGAUUAGCAUCAAACUCACCGCUGCACAAAUGCACAGCAUUGUACAGGGGAAACCAGGGGCGGCCUCCCGCCUUUUAAGACAGAUAAUGGAAGCCACAAAUAAGCACACCAAGGGGCAGAAAUUGAGCAACGCCUCUCAAUCAGCUUCCUUGGGCUUAGGAAAAGCGGCUGGAAAACCGUCGGGUGACGAUAAACAGAAAAGAAGCAAAGUGUCGUCAGGCACAUCAUCGGCUGCCCGGCUCCCAGCACCAGCUCCGCAGAGUGACACAGGGAACAGCAGUGUUGAGGGCUCUGAAUGCCUCUCUCGUUCUCGUAGUGCAGCUAGUAAGCUAAAAGGUGGCGGCACAGGCGGCCCCUUAGCUCAUUGUGCGGCCUCUGAGAGGGCAGAAGUGUUGGAAAGCAUUGACAAUUUUGAAAUGAUACUGCAGAGACAGGGAGUCCAAAUAAACGAGACUGCUUUCGAUAGUUCCAAAAGCAUAGCUGCCUGUGGAGACGUUGAGCAGGCACUCCAUCAGAUGUACAGAAAGUUGCCAUCACUCCAGAGUCAGCGAGAGUUCAACUCCCGUCUCAUGACGCGCCUCCACAGCAUACGCCAAGCCCAAGAGUCCUCAUGCCAUGAAAGAUCGAGACUGAGACAGCGCCUGAUGAUAGAGCAGGCGCAAAGGUGCAGAGAAUUACUAGAUGCUCAGUUCACUGCCUCUGUAGCUGCUGGCACUCAAAAGCGCUCUGCUCAGAGCAGCGAGCUCGUUUCUGUGGUAACAAGAGCCAGAAAGUAUGAGAGGGUGAUUCGCUGUAACAUAGAAGUAAACAAGAAGCUUUGGGAUGAGCAAGAAAAGAAGAGACUAGCAGUGCAGCAGCGUCACUCCCAACUGACUGCAACCACGAGGCGUGUAUUGACUGAAGCUGCGUUACAAGAGCAAGCCAGGAUAUGUCGUAGUGUUCAUACUGUUCGCCGAGCGCUAAAGCGGUCUCGGUUAAUUGGAGAAUGCGAGGCCUUAGCGGAACAAAUAGUGGAUUUAGUGAUAGAAGCCGGCAAAUACAAAGAGAAAUUUGACUGUCAAAUAAUUCCGCGGAGAGUCUGGCGCUCCUGGCUAACACGGUUCGUGCUUUCAGAGGAUGCUACAGAUUCAGUCACUUCAACAGAAAUACAAGAAGGCUCUGCCCCCUCCUCCGGGAUCAUUUUGCACAUCCCUGCCACUCCACCAGCUGUGUCCGUCUCCUUCUGGCGGCAGGAUAGCCAGCCCGUGCCUCUCCCUGCUUCCCUUUUAAACGAAUUUAGAGAGUACUUCCAUGCUGAGGGUAGCUGGUCGACUAGCCAGGAGGAUCUCUCGCUUCCUGAAGUCGCGUCGCUGCCUCGGUUGGGGGGCUUUCUAGCUUCGGUAUUGAAGUCACAAGACCGUCCCGAGACCGCUGCAGCAGUUGAGGCUUCAGACACAUCGCUAAAGACACUAGACAGAAGCUUAGAACGUGGCGGAAAUUUCGGAGGGCUUGCGCAUGGUGCUGCUGAAGCUGCCAAUACGGUAGAAGGAAGCGUGCAGGAGCCGCAGUUGGAGCUCCUGGGGGAGAUGGUGCGUUGUCUGCUUGAGCAUACGGUACACGUUUCUCGACCUGCAAGGCUUCAUGAGCCCCCAGGGGCCUUGUUGCGCAUAAUCAUGACAGGGAAGCCAGGGAGUGGCACAGAGACUUUGGCUAACCAGCUAGCCACGCGAUACAAGCUGAAAGUAUUGACAUUGGAGGGGAUUGUUCAGGAGUUUUUGCAAGAAACUGCUUCGGCUGUAACAGAGCAGAUGGGAGCCUGUUCCCUUGGUGAGAGAGCUAAAAUUGGGGAGGAUACUGAUGAAAAUGAGAUCAAAUCGGUUCUUGGGGCACCAUCAACAGCAGCCCCAUAUGAGAGCGGUGCAAGUGUCUUGAAGGACUUGGGAGCGCAAGCAGUGCAGCAACUGAUGAGAGGAUGCCCUCUACCCGACGAGUUGGCAGUGCGGCUGAUAGUUGCAAAGCUGCAAGAGCUGUUCCCAAAAGGAGGGAGCAAGAAGUCAAAGGGAAGUAAGGAAUCUCCAGCGGAACGUGUAGGCCCCUCCAGGAAGAGUGGAGUGGGCAAUGAGGGCCCCCUUUGCGGCUGGAUUCUGCUGGGUUUCCCAACAACAGCGCUGCAGUACUCUAUUCUGGAGGAACAGCUCUCUGGUUUUGUGGCGCUGGAGAGAAGGGCCCCUAAAAAGCUGGACGUUCUCAAGGGGGUCAGCGCACUGCUAGUUCAGAUGCCGAAAGAAGAAGAAGUACAGCCGGUAAGGGUUUUGAAAGCCACAGAACUGCAGGCAGAAAAGGCCGGGGGGUCCAUUAACUUCACCGGCACAAAACGAAGGGGCAAACGCCAUGAGCACCCUUCCUAUACUCGAGCCUCCGCAGUCGUAACGUCUGUCGAUCUUAGGAUCAUAUUCAGAGGGAUGGCAGCCGAGGAGGGUCCUGCGAAUUGCAGCACAACGUUCCAAAUAGUUGACGAGGCCGAAGUGGCGCAUCGAGAGAAAGAAAAAGAAGACUCCGUGGUAUCCAGUUCGACCACGUGCAAUAUCGUUGCCUAUCCCCACUGGCUUACUGCGCAUCUGCAUCCCAUGCACUCCCUCCGCUCUGCCGCUUCGCCCCUUCAGGUUUCCCUCCUGGACCUUGCAUUCGCUUUUGAAACGCACCAAGGAUUUGUUGAAGAGUUCGUCUCUUCAUUUGGCACUCAGGAAGGACCCAGGCUCCUCCGGAUCACUUCCACCAGUGAAACAGAGGCCUUUGCUGCAGCGACACGAAGAAUCGAAGCACUGCUAGCGCUAAAGCUGAAAGCCCUCAAGGCGAAUCAGCACGACGGCACCGCAGAUGCAGUUGCUAACGCGGAGGCAGAACCGGGAGCAGUGGCAGCACACCCCGCGGCAACAACUGCAGAAAGUCUCCCCCAAUCGCCUCCCUCGGCGCCCAUAGGGACCUCGGCAGGGCAAGAAGAAAUUGCAGCAGAAGAAGCACCAGAGGACGCGCACCCGCUGAGUCAAAUAGACCCUACGGAAGAUCUUGGGGAAAAUAUCCCGUCGGCUGCGUCAGCUGCAAUGAUUCGCGAGCUGCACCUUCGCGUGGACGACUUAUGCGAAGGCCUCUGGCAGCGGGAAGAAAGUGAGCGGCAGAAAGGGUGCACGGAGAAAAGGCAGCUCAUGGACGCCGGCUGGGCUGAAGCUUUUGGGGAGCUGCUGGCUGCGCAGCUCUCCAGAAUCAUCGAGAUUGAAAUUGCACGGUGGGCAGGGGGGCGCAGGCAUGACCAGCCCAAGCUGAAGCUCAGCUUGUCAAGGUUUUGUUGUCGUAUGCACUGGACUCGAGUUAGAAUUCAAAGGCUGAGCUUUCCUAUUGUUGUUGCCGCUUGCGGGUGUGGCUCCUCCUCUGGGUUGCUUCAGUCUUUGGAAGCCGCAGCCACGAAGGCGUUGCUUUCCCUAGAGAUGUCUUCAUCGCCGCCAGCGGCUGCUGCUCACCCAACAGAUGAGAAAAAGAAGCAAAAGCCAAGAGAAUCUAGUGGCUCAGGUGCAAACUUAUACCUGCGGUUCGAGGAGUGGCUGGUAGCGCUCAGCCUCGCCCGACAGGAAGCUGUUGGCAUCCUUUCUAACAAGUUGAAGGAGGCCAUCGAAAACGAAUCGCCAGUUAGCGAGGAGAUUCGACUCAAAGUCGCCCAAAGCCCUACCUCCCGUGGUGGUGUUUCCACAGCCUCCGAAGACAGCGAAUACGCGAAAUCGACAGUGCUGACAAAAAGCAGCACUCCCUCAAGAGCUCUGUCUGAGGCUGCAGGAGACCUAACGGGCCCUCUAGAAUUCAUAGGGUCGCCGACUCGCGUCGAAUGUACAACCCAGUCAGAGGGCUCCUCCAGUAGACGCGCCUCCAGGGUAACGUGCAGUUCAGCAGCUUCUUCAGCAGCCGUAACAGCUGUACGGCUUCCAGCAGCAGCGUCACCAGGAGUGGAUGCCAAUGCUGCCCUGCGCGUCGUUCUCGCAGGAGGUGUUACGGGGCCGCCUUCUGGCUCCCAAGCAGUUUGGUGGGAGCAAUUCGCCUCAGAAAAGCUCCCAGUUUCUGCCUCCCCUGCGACUGCCUGGAGGCUCUGUGGAUUGUGUGGAGUUUCUUUUUGCUCUGGCCCUUGGAGGAGUCCGGCGGCCAAACGAGGAACAGAUCCGACAAGUAUCAAAGCGGCCUCUACUGUAGAUUUCCCACCUUUACAACUCCAGAGGCAGCCUGACCAACAGCACCACCCACACUCGCACCAGCAAGACUUGCAGCAACAAGACCUGCGACAGCGAGAGCUCAAGCUGCUGCCUCGGCUCCUCUUUGACAUCGUAGCUGCUUUUGAUGCUGCAGUGCCCUCUUCACAGCAGCAGCAGCAAACGCUAAAGGAACUCGUACUGUGGCAAUGCACAGAAACGCCGAAUCCAGCAAGGGCACCACCAGAAGAUGCAGGUCAUUCUUUUCUCGAGACGACGCAACUGCUACAAGAAAGCGACAGUGUCGAGCAGGAUGAAGAACGCCUACAGCGAGUCUGGCUGCAGCCUCGUGUAGCUUUGCGGAAGCUGUUAGGCUAUCUCUGUCUCUCCAGCGAGCCAAGCAAAGCCAUAAGAAAGCUGCUGCUGUGCCUCGCUCGAGACGUGUGUGACAGCAGCGUCAAGCGUACAGCGGGAGGCUCUGAGGAGGAGGGCCUGAAGGAUCCUUGGGCUCCCUUAGAAGAGGUGUUUGCCCUCUGUUGUGGCCUAGGGUUUAGAGGGGCCCCCUGGGGGCCUCCGCCCGUUACGCUGCUGCCCUUUGCUGAUUUCGUGACAGCAGCUACAGCCGAGCAGUUGCUGUUGCCGCAACAGCAGACACCUGCCUCGGCGUCAGGCACCCUCCAGAGUGACGAGUGCCCCCCCCGUCCCCAACACCACAGAGUGCUGUUGUUAGAACCCUUCUUGAAGAGCCGCCUCUUCCGGCGGGUUGUACGAGCGUGCGGCGGGGUGUACGUAGACUCGGGCCUAGACCGCUUCGUCUCAUCUCUGGCAGCCAUCGGAGAAGCUGCAGUCCUUCCCCACAUGUAA